AAAUAUUUUAAAAAAGAAAAAGAGUCUGCGAAUGUAACUGGAUUAAGAAUCUUGAGAUGAGAUCAUCUGAAUUACCCAGGUGUGCCACGUCAUUUCUGGUGGUCUCCACUUUCCAUGCCCCACAGCACUUGAGGAAUAUGGAAGGGGCAAACCUGAGCCAAGGGGUGGAGUUUGAGCUCUUGGGCCUCACCAGUGACCCCCAGCUCCAGACACUGCUCUUCGUGGUGUUCCUGGGCAUGUACAUCGUCACUCUGCUGGGGAACCUGAUCAUGUUCCUUCUCAUCCAUGUGAGUGCCACCCUGAACACGCCCAUGUACUCCCUCCUGAAAAGCCUGUCCUUCUUGGAUUUGUGCUACUCCUCCACGGUUGUCCCCCAGACGCUGGUGAACUUCUUGGCCAAGAGGAAGGUGAUCUCCUAUCUUGGCUGCAUGGCUCAGAUGUUCUUCUAUGCUGGUUUCGCCACCAGUGAGUGCUAUCUCAUUGCUGCCAUGGCUUACGACCGCUACGCUGCUAUUUGCAACCCCCUGCUCUACCCUGUCACCAUGUCUCCUGAGGUCUGUGCCUCUCUGAUUGUAGGCUCCUACUGUGCAGGAUUCCUCAAUUCUCUUAUCCACACAAGCUGUAUCUUCAGUUUGAAAUUCUGUGGUGCUCACGUGGUCACUCACUUCUUCUGUGAUGGACCUCCCAUUCUGUCUCUGUCUUGCGUGAACACCCUGCUGUGUGAGAUCCUGCUCUUUAUUUUUGCUGGUUUCAACCUUUUGAACUGCACCCUUACCAUCUUGGUUUCCUACCUCUUAAUUCUCAUCACCAUCCUGAGAAUGAACUCAGCCCAGGGCAGGUUCAAGGCCUUUUCCACCUGUGCUUCCCACCUCACUGCUGUGUGUCUCUUCUACGGCACAACACUUUUUAUGUACCUGCGCCCCAAGUCCAAAUACUCCCUGGCUCAAGAUCGCAUAGUUGCAGUGAUCUACACGGUGGUGAUCCCAAUGCUGAACCCCCUUAUCUAUUCUUUGAGAAACAAAGAUGUGAAGAAAGCCUUAAGAAAGGUUUGGAGCAGGGAAAUAAUGGAAUGA